AUGUAUGCACCUCAACGCAAGAGCAUCUAUACCGGCCUCACGGUCAAGGAGGCCAUCUCAAAGCUUUUGACAGAUCUCGAAACGAUCGAGUUGCGAGGGAGCCUUAAACCCCAUGAGAUAAGACGCGCCGAAAAUGCUGUUCGUUUGAUCCAUGAGGAGUUGCCGCAGCCCGAGGUGUCCAAGGCCGAUAAAAGACGUGAGAAAUACCGGACCUUCCUGAAGAAAGUCAAGGAAGACUCGGGUAUGGUGGUCGCGAUUCCGUGUGGUAUCAUCUUGAGGCAGACAAUUAUCGGGUGCAUGACAGAAUAUCAUCGUCUUCGCCUGCCCUCGGAAAUUAAGAAGCAUGAGAGGCAUUUCAAGACAUCGUUCUUUCAAGGGUUGGUUCAAGAAUACGCAGGUCCUCAAACGAACAUCCUACAACAGUCGAGCGAUGCUGAAGACAUCAACGGAGUAGAGACGGAUGAUUCCGAAUUGGCAGUAUCAGUUCCAGUCUUGGAUGUUCCUACUACCAAGCAAGUGCAGCGUGGGACAGAGAAUACCUCCGAUACUCAUGGAGGCACAUCCCCAGAGGCACAACACAGAUCUCUUUCGGGGCGCGUCUUUGCGUUGACGCACGAAGACGCCCGCGCAGUUGUCAUGUCAAAUCAAAUAUCUGGAGCGGUUUGGAUGACAGACCCUUACGAUAAUGCAUCGCUGUCAUUCAUAACAAUUCCCAUAUCGGAUGAGGUUGCUCUCUAUUUUAGUGAUCAGCGCCGACGCGUCAUGUGA